GAGGGAUCGUAAACCGGUUGAAGCGGUUUUGUCAACCGUGAACCGCGAUGGCUGCACACUAUUUCAGAUCUGUUUCUCGACGGUUCGAAAACAUAUAGUGUUUUGAACGGAUCCGGAUAAUCGGCCAGUUCUGUUUUUCCACCACCAGCAGCAGCAGCAUGUCGGGGCAGGUCGCGCGCUUGAUCGCCAACAUCGUCGUCGCCGGCGCCGGCGUCGUCUCCAAGGCCUUCGUGCAGGCGUACCAGCAGGCCAUCGUCAACGCCAAGAGCGGCAAGACCUCGGUCGCGAGCUCGGCCUCGGUCUCCCUCAAGGCCAAGAUGUCCAAGGAGCAGGCCAUCGAGGUGCUCAACCUCAAGCCCAACCCGUCCGCCGCCGAGAUUGAAAAGCAAUUCGACCGGUACUUUAAAGCCAACGACACGGCAGGUGGCGGCGGCUCGUACUACCUACAGUCCAAGAUCUUUCGGGCAAAGGAAGCACUCCUCAAGGUCGACGAGCCGGCGCCCGAGGCCAAGCCCGAGGCGGCCGAGGCCACCAAGCCGUAGAUAUCCCUUUCUAGAACCCCCAGCCAACGACUACUAUCCUUCAAUCUAUCCGUGUGUGUACUAGAGA